AUGACCAACCAUGUGAAGGGUUUAGGACAUCUAGGUCAUCCAUCACAUGGUCUACAAAAUGAUUCUUGUAAUAUUGGUGAGCAGGUGAACACAUUGCAAUCGAGUUUUCAUUCAUUGGUUGAUGAUUUAUCGUGCAAGUUGGUUUGCGAAAAAGGGAGAUCAAGAAUGACCACUUUUAUCUCUUUUCCCAUAGGUUCAGUUUCAGCUAUAUCAUGUCUCAACCCUGCAGGUGAGGAUGUGGCGUGGUGGAUUCACCUUUCCGAUUUAUGUGGUUCAUCCGUCGAAACAAUGUAUGGAAAAGGUCUUUAUUUUGAUUCUUCAUUGGAUGAACCAGUGACUACAAAAGGAAAACAUUUUACCAAUUUAGUUGAAAGCCAUCUUGAAUUGGUAGAGAAUACGAAUGGUGAAAGAUUGGGAAAUGAUGUCAAGUACCCUAGAACGUCAGAAAUUGGGUGUGAGGAUGACAACGAGUUAAUCUCUAUUGAAUGGUUCCAUGAGCUUGCCAAAGGACCAGCAAACCCAUAUGACAAGGAUUCAGAUUUCAAGGAAGGACAUAUAAAGAUGUUACUAGUUCAAGAUAAUUCUGAUGAUACUGGAUACCAUAUCUCUCAUUCAAUGAGAAUGCCCGAUAAACAAGGAUUUAAAUCCUUUGAAAAGGCAAGCAUCAACCCAUCGCAGCAUGCAUUUUGCAACACUCUAACAUCUGCUGCAGAUUUGGAACAUAUCGUCAAAAUUUUAAAGGAGACCAAGGCAAGACCAGGACCAUCCAAUAUCGAAGAUUGCCCUUCAUUUGUACACGUAAAGAAACUGGCCGAAGAUCCUUUGGCAAAGGAAUGUGAUGAUAAAUUUUUCGAAAAAUCACAAUCCAUUGAUGUACGAGAUAAAGGUAGAAGAAGGGGAACUAAAAUGGUAUCUACAAUUCUUUCGGAAGCUUGGGCUCACGAUAUUACAAAGAACCAUUGCAUGGUAAGAAAAGGAAGUGAUCCAGCAGGGCCAGUCAAACUUGGUUCAUUUGAAGUAUUCUCAUUCCAUUAUAGAAUUUAUUUAAUAUUAAUUAUUUUUAUUUUUAUCUAUCACUGGCCGUGUGUAGGUGGAAGAAAGAAAACAAGAUGUAGAGAUUACAGAAAUCCAUCUUGGGGUUUUCUCAAACAACAUCCAGAUGAUGAAAUCAAUGAUGACAAUUAUGAAAUCCUUGGUCAGUGUUAUGCCCAGAGAUUUGGAAUAGCAACCAAAACAGGAGAUGACGACAAGAUAGUAGCACAAACACCGCUUAAGAUUGAAGGUCCAAAAGAAAAAGUUGAAAAAGAAUCUCCACUCUUUUGCAGACAAGAAGCCGAUAAAUUAAAAAGACUAGAACCACUCAAUUCUUGUAACCGAGUCCAAAUUUGCAGUUUUAAUGAUAUUGGUCUUGACCCUUGGUUGGUGGUUGCCAAACAUUACGAUAAGAUAUUUUAUGUUAGCACUGAUCAAGUUUCAUUCCCCUCACUAUUUGGACCGACUUAUGGUGUUGCUGUCAUUGAUAGUUGGAAUAAAUAUUUUGCAGAAGCAACUCUUAAAACUUUGGAAGGCCAAGAUGAUGAGCAACAAGACGACGACGAAGAAUUAGACCAGGAUGAUCUAGUACAAUCACAACAAAAUGAUGAUGAUGAUGAUGAUGAAGAAAUUGAGGGAUUGGAAGAUGAUGAAGAUGAAAAUGCUCCUAUUAACGAUGUCACCAAAAAGCUCAGAAAGACUCAUGAAAAGAUCAUGAUAUCAGAGGAUGGUACAAUCUUUUGUCUAGGAGAUUCCAAUAGAAAUGAUUUCUCUGUUCAUCAUGCUGGUAGUAUUUAUUGUAUGCAAUCAACAGAUGAUAACAAAAUUAAAUUAUUGAGUGAUUUAGUUUUAAAGAUGAUUAGUGGAUACAAUGCAUAUAGACAAUUGCAAUUUGACAAGAAGACCAUGCCUCCCAUUUCAAAGGAUAGAAAAUGUUUGGCAAAUGUAGCUGGAGUAUUCUAUGCACUCGAUGUCGUCUCACCGGCAAUGCAAUUUAAAAACAUCUUUGGAAAAACAAAAAUAAUUGGAAACAAAGCCAAGAUAGAGUCUAUUUCCAAAUCAGUUACUGAUGCUAAUGAAAUGAUAGACAGAACGAUAGGUGUCCCACCAUCGUCCACGAAAAGUAGAAAGCUACUACGUGAGUAUGAAAAACAACAACAAGAAGCACAACAACAACAAGCACAACAACUACAACAAGGAAAUCUGCAAGUUCAAGGAGCUAUACGCACACCAACUGUCAAUUCUCGCUCCUCUGGACCCUAUGGCAACUCUGGACGUCAAACUAGAAAUAAUCGUAAUUAA